AUCUAGGGCUCUUCAUCAUGAGCGUGGCUUAUUUGCGUAGCUGGAGAGCAGUGGGGAGCGCUGCCGCGAGGAUUCGUUCCAUUCCAUCGCUGAGGCCGCGAUUCCGAGCAAUGGCGAGCUCCGCAUUCCAGAAAGUGCAGAUCCAUCGCGGCAACGGCGACGACUUUACGUUUGAUGCAUACAUUGUGGGGGAAGAAGGCGCGCCGGGCGUGGUUGUGCUCCAGGAGUGGUGGGGUGUCGAUUAUGAGGUCAAAAAUCACGCGCAAACGAUCGCUAGCAAGGGAUUUCGAUCGCUCAUACCAGACUUGUUUCGUGGCAAGAUUGGAUUGGACGCUGCCGAAGCACAGCAUCUUAUGGAAUCGCUGGACUGGCCUGGGGCUGUGAAAGACGUGGCUGCGUCAGUGAAGUGGCUUAAGGAGCACGGAUCAAAGAAGGUUGGAGUGACAGGUUUUUGCAUGGGAGGAGCAUUGUCCCUGGCUGCUGGCGUUCUCGUCCCGGAUGUGAGUGCCGUGGUGGCCUUUUACGGGACGCCAUCGCCCGACCUCGCCGACACCUCCAAGUUGAAGAUACCAGUUCAAGCUCACUUCGGGGAGCUCGAUCAAAUGGCAGGCUUUUCCGAUGUUGCGGCAGCAAAAGCUCUGGAGAAGAAUUUGGAGGCGGCUGGAGUAGAUUCGGAGGUGAUAAUCUAUCCAAACAACGGCCACGCCUUCAUGAAUAGCUCGGACGAAGCUGUGAAGCGCAAGAAAGAGUGUGGAUUCGCGGACCAUGACAAUGAGGCCGUGGAAAAGGCUUGGGCACGCUUCGAAGCGUGGUUCUCCAAGUAUCUCAAGUGAGCUUUUAAAUCAUACUUCCAUACUGUGCUUCCCAUAAA